GUUCGUCAUAUGACGGACGAAAGCUUAGCAACUUUUCACCGGAAUCGAAGGAGAUUGCCUCGGAAACAUGAAUCUUCCAGUAAAGCCAAUCGACAGCUGGUAAAGAGGAAUUCGCCGUCGUCUUCUGGUGGAACCGCCCUUCGAAUCUCUUCACCCAACACUUCCACUCAAAAUGAAAUAAAGCCAAUCGACAGCUGGUCAAGAGGAAUUCGCCGUCGUCUUCUGGUGGAACCGACAAAUCUUCCAGUAAAGCCAAUCGACAGCUGGUCAAGAGGAAUUCGCCGUCGUCUUCUGGUGGAACCGACCUCCGAAUCUCUUCACCCAACACUUCCACUCGAAAUGGAAGUAAUCCCAACAAUGUUGAUCUUUUGUCUCUCCAAUGCCAGUAAAGCCAAUCGACAGCUGGUCAAGAGGAAUUCGCCGUCGUCUUCUGGUGGAACCGACCUUCGAAUCCUCGCGUCAGCAUGA